AUGAAGAAGAAAGCUCUUUCGAUAGCAGCAGACGAUGAUCACGUUCAUGCACCAUCAGCUCCCGUUCGAAGUCCAUCAAUGAAGGUGAAAAAGCGGGAGCAGCGCCAACGUCGAGCCCCUACUUCGUUUUCACCGAGAGCAGACACCACAGCCCGGAAAAGUCGAAAGCUUGAGAAGUUAAGCGCGGCCGUUAUAGGUACCUCGUUCCCCACUACUGCUCCCCCUCCUCGUCCAGAACACAAGCGACUGCAGAACAAGGUGAAAUCGCAGGCUCAUCGAUUGCGGUACCCGUUGGCCUUUAUCGAGGCUUAUGAAGCAGACGGAUGGCGCAAAUCGAGCCGAGACAAGCUUCGACCCAACAAAGAACUCGAGGCAGAACACCGCAAGAUUGUGAAAGGCAAGCGUGCACUGAUCGAUGGUCUACGUGAACUAAAAGAGCUCAAUGCACGCGAUCCGCCCGUACCGCCGCAGGCUGUGUUCGAGGAUGUGCACUGCUCUCACUGCGGCUGCACCGAUAUCGAGCCCGACAAUGACAUCUUACUAUGUGACAGUCCUGGUUGUCAUCGAGCAUACCACCAGCGGUGUCAGACACCAAUCGUCUUAACUGCCAAUAUCCCGGCAGGCGACGAGCUUUGGUUUUGUGAAGUGUGUCUUGCCAUCUUUGAGUGUCUUAAGGCGAUCAACUCGGUGCUUGGUACGACGUACGAAAGCACAGACGACCUCAUUCCCGAGCUUGCUCAAUCCGAACAACAAGUAGCAACGGAUGAAAGUAGCGAUGCCCAGUCAGGCGAAAAAAGUGCUACUGCUUGUAUCGAUGAGGAUGAGGAUGAAGAGGAUGACGAGGACUUUGUUUGUGAUGAAGGAGAAUCCGAAGAGGAUCAGGAUGAUGAGCAAAGUGACGAUACGACUUCAGGAGACGUUGUCAACGAAGGAGAAGAAGAAAUGGCCGAGGAGGUGCCCGAAGGUAUCCAAGACUUGUUUUUUCUCAACAAGGACGACGUCAUCGACCCGAAUCAUCGAUCGAUGCGGUCAAAAGGUGCUAGUCGACAACCAAAGCCCAGCUGUAAAAAGCCAAGUCUUCUUGGUGAGUUAGCAGCCAAGAUCGACCGAAAAACUGGUAGACUUGUCCUUGGGGUCGUCGCUGACCUUGAGCCACCGUCUCAAGGUAAAUAUUCGCGCUGGCGUAUUGACUACCGUGACGGAAGCUCAGAGCUGCUGACGCGCAUCAAGGCUCAGGCUGCAAUAAACCGUGCUGCGGUCGAGGAGAACGACGGCGGCCAAGGUGAUGAUCGAUCUGAGGGAGACUUGGCACUGAUUGUUCGUGGAAAGCGUAAACGCAACGAUGUGGACUAUCGUCAGCUGAACAACCUCAUGUUUGCUGGUAAAGACGAAGACAGUGAAGAUGACGAGAAUUACGAGGCCAAAGAAGGUAAUAGCGGUGAAUCUGAUGAGGACGAGAAUAACGACGAUGAAGAGAAGUCGUACAACGAGCGUAAAGGUGAUCAAGAGUCUGUUCAAGGCGUUUCGGAUCAAAUACGGACAACUACCGCGGCCACAUCGCAUGACAAGGUUUCAAAACCGUUAUCCGUGAACCGCAGUCAUCGCAAGCGUGGGGUAGUUGAUUACCGUUCCAUGCACGAAGGCCUGUACUCAUAG